AUGCAACAAAAGGAUCGACAUCUGAUCGAAUCAUCUUUGAUCGCCUUACCCGGAUGUCGCGAUCGUUCAGGAUCACCACUAUUAUUUAUAAAUUUUAUGGAUGGUAACAAUAAACAGCUUGGCUUGGAAACAGUCAAUGCUCCGAGUUAUGAAGAAUUUGUAUCAGUCACUAAUUAUCUAUCCCAAAUACCUAAUGAGAAUAUUCGCAAAUUGGGAUUUACAAUAGUGAUUGAUGGACGGAAAGCAACUGUAAAGCAUGUACGCGGUGCAUUACGAGCGUGUCAGCAAUCAUUGUAUCGUCGAAUUCGAUCUGUACUUGUCAUUCAGCCGGAGAAAUUCUUGGACCAACAAAAGCUUAAUUUUGAGCUCAUCAAAGAAGCUUAUCAAUUUAAGGUAGGAGUUAGCUUCAAAGUUGAUGAGUUACCACCAAAAUCAUUAUUUCAAUGUACUCUAAUCUCGCCACAUAAAUUAUCACGCUUCAUAGAUGUCGCACAAUUGCCAGAUGCGCUCGGUGGCAUUUUGCAAUAUGAUCCAUAUUUAUGGACUGUACUUAGACAGAAAUUUGAGAAUUAUGUGAAGAAAGCGAAAAAUUGGAUAGAAAAUAACAAAAGGCAUAAUGAUAUGACAUCAAAUCAGACUAAUGAGAAGGCUUUCGAAGAGGAUAAUUUCAAUUUAAAUGAGCUUCUCAAAGCAGGAAAUGAUUUACUUGAUGAAUUAACACAAAAUAGCGGAGUAAGUGGAGCACUGAAAAAUGCCGAUUGGGAAAAUGCUGCGCAGUGUGUCGAUUUGCUCAUGAAGCAAAUUAAGGAUAUCAGCGAGAAGCCAACAGGAAUGGUACAUCGGGAGGAGAGAUAUGCAUCGUUGAAGUUGUUGGAAGAUCAUAAUGAAGGAAUGCAUAAUUUAGUGAAUUGGAUUCUGGGUGCUGGUGAGAGAUGGCUUUUGACCUUGCAUGAAAUCGGUGAAUCAUAUGACGAUGCUAAGCAAUUACUGAAAGAACAUAACGAGUUGGAAAGCAAGUGGAUAGAUGUGGAAGAACAAUCACGUGAACUGAUAGCAAUGGGACGUGAGCUACAAAAUGAGUUUCCAAGAUAUGCCAUGACAUUACAGCAAAGCAUUGAUAAAAUGCAAGAAUUGGUUCGUGCAUUCUGCACACGUUUCAUACGUCAAAAAGAAGUCGUUUUGCGCUCAGUUAACUUCUAUCGCAUGCUGACUGAUUUCUCACGAAAAACAAAUUUGCUAUUGGAAUCAUUAUGUACAAAUGUGAAAGCGAAUGAUAUUGGAAGUGCUGAGAAAGAACGAAAUGAAAUGGAAGCUAAAGUAGAUGAAAUGGAAAAAAUCUACCUUUGUUUGAUCACCAGUGGUAUAUCGUUUAUUGAUCAACUUCUCGAUGAAUCUAAUUCAGUGGGCAAAUCGAUCACACGUGAUUAUUCAGCGGGUAUUGUACAGAUCAGAGAAAUAUUGGAAGAAUCACGUGGCCGAAAGCGGCGUUGUCAGAAAUUAGCAGAUGUUCGAAGAUUGAAAAUUCAUCAACUUUUACAGCUCUAUACAUGUGAAGAAGAUGGUCAACAGGUAGUUCUUUGGAUUGAAGAACUUUAUGAAACAUUGAUAAACGGAUGCGAUAAGAUACUAUUUGACUUUGAAAAAUUAUAUCUCAUCCAAGAAAAUAGAUUGAAACUUGAAGAAACCGCACGAAGUACAUAUGGAUAUGGUAAACAGUUAUGCCAAGUGAUACUGGUAUUGAGGAGAUCGUUGAGAAUGGACGUACAACCUGGAUUGAAACUGAAUCAAAGAUUAGAGUCAAUUUGGGGAAAAUUUUGUCGUGUUUUGAAUGAAAAAGAAAUGAGACUUGGUGUCAUUGGUGCUUUCUAUUCAAUGAUUCAGAAAGUAAAUGAACGCCUUGAUGAGUUAUCGCUUCGACUGGAUGGUAAAACUUUAGAACGGUGUUUGGAAGAAACACCAUUUACUAAUGAAAAGCGAAGUAUCGCAAAUGAUAUUCAUGAACUGAAGCAGAUGGCUGAUAUUCUAAUUCAAGAGACAGGUAGCAAAAUAUCCAGAAGCAGAAAUAGUGCAGAGACUUCCUGGAUUCGAGCUCUAAACGAAAUUCAACGAAAAUUUAGUGAAGUGAAACGAAAACAAAACAAAUUGGAGAGAAUCUGCAAGGAUAAAGAAUGUCGCAGUAAAAUUAUCUGCGGGAUUUAA